GGGGUAGAGGACCUACUUGUCAAGCACAAACAUUUGUUGACCCUCCAGAUGUCUUUUGAUGCCACCUCUGGUUGUAGGGUCUGUCCUGAUGGGUGGGCUCACAACAGUGGGAAGUGCUACCUCUUCUCCUCCACUAGAAAGACCUGGAAUCAGAGUCGAGAUCACUGCAUCACAUUAGGGGGGCAUCUGGCCAUUGUGACCAGUCAAGAGGAACAGUAUUUUCUAUCCCAAAGUGCCAUUGAGUAUUUAUACUGGAUGGGACUGAGUGACCUGGAGACAGAGGGACAGUGGAUUUGGGUGGACAGCACACCUCUCAAUGAGACUGGAGUCGUAUUCUGGAAGAAAGGGUCUGAUGGACAGGAUGAACCAGAUAACUGGGAGGGGGAAGACCCUUCUGGGGAGAACUGUGCAGUUUUCACCAAAUUUAAAGGCUGGCAGGACAACUCCUGCGAGAGGCUGUAUACAUUUGUUUGCGAGACAGUAGCCACCGAAUAGACUGGAUUAGAUUGAAUAUUCAGCUGCUACAUAUGGAGGCUUUUAAAAAAAUAUAUUUUCAUUAAAUUUAGUUAUUGCUUCACUAUGGUUAUAAGGAACCACUUUCCAGACCAACCAAGGUUUAUGUGUGUUCUUCUUUCUGUGCUUUGCUGAAAUGCAAUAUUUUAUUAAAGGACCGUAUCUUGGUGAAUGGAAUUAAUCCGACUCCACUCAAUUUAGGAACUCAGCCUUAGUCCCUGUUCUUUUAAUGCUUUUUCUGAGAACAGGGGCGGUUUGUCCAUAAGGGCGAUUUGGGCGACGCACUGCCAAACAGGAAAAGGACAGAUUUUCUUUCUGUCCGAUUCUACCACAAGACCGUCUCAUCUGCCUCUGAAUGUUAUUGUCCAAUCAGGCUUAAGUCGUGCUUCAGAUGGUCCCGCCCCUUUUGGGGCGAUUUUGGUCGAAUUAAUAAUCGCCCCAGACCUCUCUGAUAGGCUCUCAUGUAAAA